GCGGCAGCAGUGAGAAUACGCGUUGGCAGUUGUACUUCUUUAACUUCAUACAACGGCAGGGCCAGGAAGGGGGCGCCAUGUUCCACUGCCCAUUUCAUCUAACCUCAAAAAUGUCAAACAUGAAAAUGCAUCGUCAUCAUCAUCAGUUUAUGAGUCAAUUUGUACAAAUUACAUUUUGUAUAAAAUCGUGGGAAACACAAAACUUAACAGCGCUCCAACGGUGGCUGCAAGAACUAAAAUACGCUCAAUGGCCUUGAUUGGAUAAAUACCGACUAUUUGUUUACACUUAAUGGUUGAAAAACCAUUUCAACAAUGUAAAUAUAGCAACAAGUUUGUCAUAUGACAGCAGAUACUGUCAACGAAACACAUUCGUAACCCGCUUCGUUUUUCAUCAAUCGUUUUCAACAAAUUUCCAGUGUACACAUUCAAGUAACCUUUGCAAUCACAUAACAUCCACAAGAUGUCUAAUGAAAUGCCAACAGCCAUCCCAUUACCACUCAGUGAUGAAGUGCUCAGGGAACUCAUACCAAAAGCCAAAGAUUGGGCGCUUAUGCACGGCGCAGCAAUGCGUUCAAAAACAUCAUUCUCAGCAGACUCACUCAACUUUGCUCCCUUUGUUCUGACGCCAUCAGCAGUGCCCCGGAAAGAAUUCCAAAGAGCUGUUGAUCUACAAUGUGUAAUCAAUAAACUGGUGCAUGCAGUGGCUCACAAUCGUGAGUUUCUUGUUGAUUGUCUGAAGGAAACAAUCAAAGUGGAUGAAUUCACCAAGAAUUUAUUCAACAUCUAUAACAUUGUCACUGAGGAAGGCAUCACACAGCGGACAUCUUUGGCGAUUCUGCGCUCCGAUUACAUGUCACACUCUUUGGAUAACAACCGGCUGAAACAGGUUGAAGUCAACACGAUUGCGUGCAGCUUCGCCGGUAUCAGCUCGCUCUUGCUACAAUUGAAUAGUUUUAUAUUGGCUGAACUGCAUCAAGCUGAUAAACUUGCCAAUAUGCCGGAGAAUCAUGCGUUGGAAGGCAUUUGCAGUGGCAUGUUGACCGCGCAUCGCCACUAUGGUGUUCCCAAUGCAGUGAUUCUGUUUCUUGUCGAGGAUACGACGUACAAUAUUUGCGAUCAACGCUUUCAUGAGUUUGAAAUCGCUCGGCUGAAUCCUCGUGUGCGUGUGAAACGACGCACCUUGACAGAUAUUGCCGUUGAUGGACGUCUGGGAGAUAAAAGGAUUUAUUUUAGCGAUGAUUUUGAAGUUGCGGUGGUUUAUUUCCGUUCCGGAUAUGAACCAGAUCAUUAUGUAACGCAGGGUGAGUGGGACGCUCGAUUGAUGAUUGAACGUUCGUUGGCAAUCAAAUGUCCUUCAAUUCAAUACCAUCUUGCUGGUACCAAGAAGGUUCAGCAGGAGUUGGCUAGUCCUGGAUGCCUGGAGCGUUUCCUUGAUGAUCCGAAUGAAGUCGAAGCUGUUCGCUCGAUAUUCACAGGUUUAUACAGUCUUGAUAUGGAUGAUGAGGGUAAUAAGAAUGUUAGGAUGGCGCUGGAUCAUCCAGAACGCUAUGUAUUGAAACCUCAACGUGAGGGCGGCGGUAAUAAUAUCUACGGUCACGAAAUACAUACUGCAUUGUCGCGUAUGAGAGGUACUGAGCGCACUGGGUGGAUACUCAUGCAGCGUAUUGAGCCGCCCAUAGCGAGGAGUUAUAUAAUUCGACCUGGAGGUCCGGAUGUACCGGAAAUGGUUGAUAUGGUCUCGGAAUUAGGGAUUUUUGGUGUUAUUAUUGGGGAUGAGACGAAUAUUUUGGAGAAUGAGCAAGUUGGGCACAUGUUGAGGACGAAAGUUGCCACUGCGAACGAGGCUGGUGUCGCGGCGGGAUCGGGGGCUUUAGACAGCCCAUUUUUGAUAGACUAACGGGUUUUAAGUUACGGAUUAUAAAAGAAAUUUUAAUUAAGUAGGUUGGGAGUGCACCAGCACAAGAUUUAUUAUGCAUUUUUAAAUAUAUACACUUUAUUACUGCAA